GACUUUUGGCGCAAAAUUAGUACUCCGUAUUAGGCACGUUAGAAAUGAACUUCUUUUUAAAAGUGCCGACAAGAUCAGCUUUCGACGCCAUUAAUUUCUCGAUCAAGCUGACACUGAUUUACGAAGCGCAUUUGUUUUGCUGCAAUCCCUCAAGCCUCAAAUUUCCGAGAAGUUUUAUUCCUCUUCUCACACCCUCAAAGAUACGAGCAGGAGAAUCAGGUCAUGCUUUCUACCUUUCAACAAUCCUUAGAUAUUCCCGACAUCGACAACAAUGCCCCUCCAAUCACACAAUCUCUCACUGAGUUUGGUACUUACUAUCCUACAUUGGACUCUGGUCCUGUUCACAAUUACCUUACUCAAUAUCUAUUGGAGGAGGAGAGCAUUGAUGGGAACAACCCAGACAUGUAUUUUGAUCCCAUUGCUCUUAGUGCUGCUGAGAGUUCCUACUAUGAAGCCUUGCAUCACGACCAUUCAUCAACUUUUCAUAGCAAUGCUGGAAGCUCCAAGUAUGAUGUUCAGCGCAUUGAUCUCUUUAACUCGGACACAAACUGUAGUGUCGAUUUUGGAAAACCUAGAUCUUCUGUGGCAAGUAGUCAUCCUGAUAUCCCCGUUCAGUCAUCAUUAAGUCAGACUAACUCCGAUCGGUUAAAAAUAGAUGCUUUCCUAAGUGCUAAUUCGGUUCCAAAAAUAGUUUGUAAUGAUGGCACUGAGUCCAUCUUGCAAUUGAAGAGAGGUGUGGAUGAUUACUUGGUUUCUCCUAGCGAGGAAUUGAAUGGAGAUGUUGUUACCAAAAUAGAGAAGGACCAUUCAGCUGAUCUGUGUAGAGGAAAGAAGCAUUACCCUCUAGAUGAAAGUGGUUUAGAAGAAGAAAAUAGAAGCAAGCACUCUGCAGUGUAUCAGGAGGAGGUUGAGUUAUCAGAGGUGUUUGAUAAGGUUUUGAUGUGUACAGAUGAUAAUUAUUCUCCAUCUGGAGUUAGCACACAGCAGGAAAAGCGAAGUGGUUGCAAGAGCCAUAUAAAGAAAAGAAGAGAUGGUGGUGAAAUUGUGGAUCUGGAGUCUCUGUUAAUGAGUUGCGCACAAUCUGUUGUUGCUGCUGAUUAUAGGGCUGCAGCAGAUCAAUUAAAGAAGAUCAGACAGCAGUCUUUGCCUACCGGCGAUGCGAACCAAAGGAUGGCUCAUGCAUUUGCUGAAGGUCUUGAGGCACGACUUGCUGGAACUGGGACACAACUGUAUAUGGCUUUUUCUCCUAAUAACAACAUAAUUGCUGAGAUGCUCAAGUCCUACAUGUCAUCUUGGCCAUUUAUGAGAGUAUCAAUUUUAUUUUCAAAUGGAAUGAUUUACGAAGUUGCGUCAAAAUGUGAAUCACUGCACAUUAUAGAUUUUGGCAUUAAUUAUGGUAUCCAGUGGCCCACACUUAUUCGGGAUCUUUCACAAAGACCCGGUGGCCCUCCAAAACUUCGAAUAACAGGGAUUGAGUUUCCCCAACCUGGUUUUCGUCCGUCACAAAUGGUGGAGGAGACCGGUUGUCGAUUGGCAAAAUAUUGUGAGCGUUUCGGUGUACCAUUUGAAUACAAUGCCAUAACAACAAGCAAUUGGGAGAGAAUCAAGAUUCAUGAAUUGAAGCUUGUGAGCGGUGAGGUGAUUGCUGUAAACUGUAUUGUUAAAUUCCAGCACUUAUUGGAUGAGACAGCAGUUGGUGCGGACAACCCUAGAGGUGCCGUUUUAAACUUAAUCCGGGAAGCAAAUCCUCAUAUAUAUACGCAAACUGUGAGUAGUGGAUCACAAAACUCUCCUUUCUUUAUCAGUCGGUUUCGAGAGGCUGUCUUCUACUACACUGCUAUAUUUGAUAUGCUUGAUGCUACUUUACCGCACAAUGAUAAUCAGAGAUUGAAUUUGGAAAAAGAAGUUGUGGGAUGCGAAAUAAUGAAUAUCGUAGCAUGUGAGGGAAAGGAAAGAUUCCAAAGGCCCGAAACAUGCAGGCAGUGGCACUCUCGCAUCAUGCGGGCUGGCUUCAAGCCUGGGGCUAUAAACCCCACACUUGCGAAGAAGUUAAGACGCAUGGCAAGAAAAGGAUAUCACAAAGAUUUUCUUUUCCUGGAAGAUGGCAAUUGGAUAAUGCAGGGAUGGAAAGGUCGGAUACUUGGCGGCUGCUCUUGCUGGGUAGCUACAUGACAGACUCACCACCACUUAUAGUAACCUAUGUGGCUAUGUGGCAAUUCUACAAUUCUUGUUUCAUGUUUUUUUCAUGCUUUCAUGCGGCAAUGUCUUUACAACGACACUCUGACAUUAUUUUCAAGCAUUUAAAGAUGUAAAUUGUUUGAGAAAAUUGGUCAUGACAGUUUUCUAGUUUUGCAUUUUCUUUUUGGAAAUUAAAACAGAAAACUAGAUCAUGUUUGUUCAGCUACAGACAUUCUUUUUCGAAAAGAUUUUAUGUUACAUUAUCAUUAGGUUCGCUGACUGGCUGUACUCAAAGAUAAUGCAUUUUCCAAGACUUCGCUUUUAACAAAGAGUUGGCAUUAAUUGAAUAUUA